AUGCCUCGCCCAUCUUACGUUGAGUUGCAAAACCUCGCGUCUGAGGCGGAGACGCCAGGGCAAGAAAAUGAUGCCAGCAGCGAGUCUCAAAAAAAGCCGCAUGGAACCUUGAAGGAGCAAUCACCCUCUCGGUUAUGGACAAUCGGAGUUCCAGGAGUCUUACUCACGAUUCCUAUCCUAUAUACCGUGCUGCUGGGUAUUGUGGCAUCUCUCCACAACCAGAAAGAGAGCUCGUUUGGCAAUGACGUACGAGAAGCCCUCCAAGUUGCUUCAACACUCUGGCCUAUCUCGUUCGCGGCAGUUCUUGGGCCAUUUCUCAAGACCCUGGCGCUCUACCGUGCCGAAAAGGGUUCAACUCUCGGGGCCCUGGAGUUUCUCUCGACCAGCCAGACCACUAUCUCGGCAUUCAUAAACUUGGCCAUAUUUGGAGGCACCCACGUCUGGACAUUCGCUAUUGUCGCCAUCUGGUGUCUCAGUCCCCUUGGAGGACAAGCCGCUGUCCGGUCUAUCGGCCUGUUCCCGAAUUCUACGACCAUACAGAUUCCUGCUAUGCACUAUCUCGGCAGCAACAUUUCUGAUAUGAAUCCUUUGUAUCAGGGUAACUCUGGAGGUGACAUGAGCCCAUUCUUGGGGGCAUCCGUACGGGAGGACUUUAUCUUCAACCUAAGAAACAACGUCGCUGCAGUAUUUUCAACGCCAGAUGUGUUGCUUUCUCAUGCCAAUGGUUCUAGUGACAGUUUCGACAGCGCUGUCCAGAGCCUUGGGGGCAGGUGGCAAGCGGCCCAUAUUGUGCAGCAAGAUCUGUGGCGCAAUGUACGGGUCCCGUUCCUAGAGCUACUGCCACACUAUGAUUCUGACCGUCCGCAAGCCUGGGUUGAAGUUCCCACCGAUAGGGUGGUAUCGUACGCGUCAUUUAUCGGUAUCCCUAUCCGUGGGGGCUCGACAUCUCGAGCUGGCAACUCCACCAUGAUAGUACGGUCCCAUUACAUGACGCUUUCGUGCGGAAAACCUUUUAACGGAUCGACCUGGCUCACCCCUACAGCACGAAAGCUUAGGUUUCACAACGUGAGCGAUGACCUCACCUCCCAGUAUCAAAGUGGUUUCCCGAUAAAAACCUGGCCCAACAUUUUCUUGGACACGGUCAACGAUACCAAGAUCAUUGAGGAACAUGCUUGGCUUUCAUAUUACCCCAUCAAUGAUACCGAGCCUACCACGAAACUGAAGCUUGUUCUUGGGGGAGAUUGUGAGGGACCCUUUGACAACAGGGUCUUCUUGCGUACAUGCGAUGUCAGCACGUCCUACGUAGACGUCCAGGUUCGCUGCACGAGACUGACAGCAUUGGAUGACCAGAACUGUAGAGCUGCUCGGAUUCGACACACACCAGGGUUUCCCAUGUCUGGCAAUCUGACAGCUCUAUCCAACUACGCCAUUCUCAGGGGCACCACCUGGGAGUUUCCUUUCACGACCUCAGAUUAUGAUAUAGGAAGACCUGGCUUGAUAGAGAUAUAUCUCAAGGAUCCACCCAGGACUCUUGGACGCAUGGACUUGCCGACCGACUCUCCGGGCUGUUUUACUGAUGUACCUUUGCAUGCAUUCGAAGCCCGAUUUGCCACCGCCUUAAAUACGUUUGUGACGGCCACGUUCAACUCCACGGUCCUCACAGGUGCAGAUGGUACGAGCCUCAAGAACCGUAAUAUCAUGUGGAAAAACACAACUGCAACAUGGUCUGAGUUCACAGAGAGCGUUUACGCCCUCCACAGGCCCUGGUUCUCCGUCUGGCUAUUCUCGACGAUAAUACUUUUUGUUACCGCCAUUGCCAACGUUGGCAUUCGCGCAAUUAUCAGUGCUCCCGACUUCUUGAGCGGUGUGGCGGGAUUGACAAGAGACUCGCCGUUUAUUGAAGUGCCUCAGGAUCAUACCGGGGAGAGUGGUGCGGACCGGUUGAGCAGGUUGAAGAAAACCGAGGUUCGAAUAUGUGAUGUUCAGUCUUCGGAAAACGUCGGGAGGAUAGCCUUGACCACGGAUUUGGAUGGUGGAAGACUGAUUUGGAGGCGAGCGUAUGAGUAA